CUCGCAGAGCAGAGUGGAGCCCCGCAGCGCAGCUCGGUCGUGUUAACCCGGUCCCCGCGGUCCCCGCAGUGCCCGCCCCAACCCAUCCGCCGCAGCCCUCGUGCCGCUGUCUAGAGCCCAACCUCGUCACCAUGAGAGUCCUGCUGGCGUCUCUCUUCCUCUGCACCCUGGCCGUGAGCAACUCUAAAGGCAGCCAUGAACUUCUAAAGUCGGAUUCAUCAAACUGUGGCUGUCUGAAUGGAGGAACAUGUGUGUCCUACAAGUACUUCUCCAAUAUUCGGCGAUGCAGCUGCCCAAAGAAAUUCCAAGGGAAACAUUGUGAGAUAGAUAAGUCAAAAACCUGCUAUGAGGGGAAUGGUCACUCUUACCGAGGAAAAGCCAACACUGACAUCAAAGGCCGGCCCUGUCUGGACUGGAAUUCACCUGCUGUCCUUGGGAAACCAUACAAUGCUCACAGAUCCGAUGCUACUCUCCUGGGUCUGGGAAAACACAAUUAUUGCAGGAACCCAGACAACCAAGGGCAGCCAUGGUGCUAUGUGCAGAUUGGCCGACUACAGUUUGUCCGUGAGUGUAUGGUGUCCCGCUGCUCUGUAGAACAAGAGUUCCAGUGUGGCCAGAAGGCUGUGAGGCCCCGCUUUAAAAUUGUUGGGGGAGAGUUCACCAACAUUGAGAAUCAGCCCUGGUUUGCGGCCAUCUACAGGAAGCACCAGGGAGGCUCUGUCACCUAUGUGUGUGGUGGCAGCCUCAUCAGUCCUUGCUGGGUGGUCAGUGCCACACACUGUUUCAUUAAUUACCCACAGAAGGAAGACUAUAUCGUCUACCUUGGUCGAUCAACACUGAACUCCAUUACUCCUGGAGAAAUGAAGUUUGAGGUAGAGAGACUCAUCUUACACGAGGACUAUAGUGCUGACAGCCUGGCCCACCACAAUGAUAUUGCCUUGUUGAAGAUUCGUUCAAGUACAUACCAGUGUGCGAAACCAUCCCGUUCCAUACAGACCAUCUGCCUGCCCCCAAGGGUUGACAAUGCCCAUUUUGGCACAAGUUGUGAGAUCACUGGCUUUGGAAAAGAAAGUUCCACUGACUAUCGUUAUCCAGAGCAUUUGAAAAUGACGGUUGUAAAACUAGUUUCCCACAAGGAGUGUCAGCAGCCCCACUACUAUGGCUCUGAAGUCACCACCAAAAUGCUGUGUGCUGCUGAUCCACAAUGGGAAACAGAUUCUUGCCAGGGAGACUCUGGAGGACCCCUUGUUUGCUCCACCAACGACCGCAUGACCCUGACUGGGAUUGUGAGCUGGGGCCGAGGAUGUGCCUUGAAGGACAAGCCAGGCGUCUACACGAGGGUCUCACACUUCCUGAACUGGAUCUACACCCACAUUGGGGGUGAAAAUGGCCUAGCCCUUUGAGCACCUCAAGGGAACAAAUGGACGGACAACUGCCAUGCUGACUGUCAUCUCUGCAGCAGGGUCAUCUCCAUCAGCUCUAGGGAAGAGGCUGGGUGAGACAGGUUCUGCGGAGAUGGUUUGCUUAGGCUGCCCACCAGGGUAAGCGAUAAUAGUUUUACCCUCAGUCAUGGGCCUGUGCUGGACACCCAGACCCUCCUGGCCAGGAUGGAGAGGUGGUCCUGACUUAGGAUGGUUUUGAUCAGUUAUGUCUUCUUCUGGACUAGAGCCUCCUGGAGUUCAAAAUGGUGUCUCCUGUGGAUGGGUGAGAGGAGAGUUAGUUCCCCCAACAGAGUCAUUCAUGAAGCCUGCUCUUGGGAAAUGAGUAAUUUCCCAAUUAGGAAGUGUAACAGCUUAGGUCUCUUGAGGGAGCUUGGCCAAUGUGAGAACCAUGUUUAGGGGGUAGAGACGCUAAUCAUUUGAGGGAGGGGCUCUGACAUUCUACAAAUGGAUUGGGAAAUAUCAUUUAUGUUUGUGUACUUGGGCGCUGGCUAUGAGUGUGAGCAAGUAAAAGAAGUAGAGCUGGUAUGUUCCUGUGCCCAACUACAAGUCUAAACAGUUCCCUAAAACUGUGGACUGUGAUGACACAGAGUGGUUUAACUGGAGAUGUUAUGGGUCACUACUGGGGCCUUUUAGAUCUCCCAUGUUAUACUUUCUGUGAUUGUAGCAUUUUCAAGCAUGACCUGUGACCAGCACUAAAUGUCUGUUUCACUUUUAUGUAGUUAUCACUUUCUUGGCCAGUUAAACCUUCUGACUUAUUAGCCAAUUUUGUCCAAUCCUCACUGGAUGGGGUGAUGACGACUCUUGUAUACUGAAUAUUUAAUAAUUAUAUUCCGCUAUUUUUAUUUAUAUCUAUUUUUAUAAUUAUAAAUAAGGGUGAUUAAUAAAAUGUGAUUGUUUUCCCUAAGGAUUUUGGCUUUUCCCUUGUGCUUGUAUUAAAGGGAGGUGGGGAGUAUAAAAAGAAGAAAAUGAUGCAUCCAAGUUUCUUGUCAGCCUUAGGCAGAACCUUCAUGGGCAAAAACACUUGCAUGAGUGAAACACUGCUGACUCCAAAUGCCACUGAGAAUCUGUGGCAUUGAGGGAACAGAAAACGUAAUUUUUCUUCAUCUUUAUGAAGCUGUUGCAUUUUCUCAGUAUAAGGUUUUGAGAGAGCAAAAUUUGGAGAAUUGUAGGGCAGGGCUUCCUUAGCCGGUAAGGGUACAAAAUAUCUCAGGGCCUCCCAGCUUUGCAAAUUGCAGACAGGCUGAGUUUCAGCUUCCAAUUACCUCCUCAACCUUAUGCCUUCUUCAGUGUAUAUCUUGUGCGAAUGCCCCCCUCCCCACCCCCCAGUCCUGGGUCCUGAACUCUAGGCCUGGGUGCUGUUCCUCAGGUC